AUGUCUGCAGUUGAACACAAUACCAAUGGCUUGUCCCAUCAGAUCGUGGUCCCUAGCCAGGACCGAGAAAAAAUCCACCUCGCGUUACGAACUAUCCGAUGUCUAGUCGCUGAUUUGUGUGAACAAUACAAAGGCGGCCAUCCGGGAGGUGCCAUGGGGAUGGCUGCUAUCGGUAUAUCGCUCUGGAAGUAUGCUAUGAAGUACUCUCCCUCAAACCCGCAAUUCUUCAACCGUGACCGGUUUGUUCUCUCAAAUGGACACACUUGUCUCUUUCAAUACAUCUUCCUUCACCUAAGUGGCUACACUGCCAUGACAAUGGACCAAUUAAAAUCAUACCAUUCAACUCGGACAGAUUCCAUCUGCCCCGGCCACCCCGAGAUUGAAAACGACGGUAUUGAGGUGACGACGGGGCCUCUCGGACAAGGCAUUGCAAAUGCGGUCGGUUUGGCCAUGGCAACGAAACACCUUGGGACAGUCUACAACCGACCUGGAUUUUCUCUUGUGGACAACACUACAUGGUGUAUGAUUGGCGAUGCUUGUCUUCAAGAGGGUGUUUCCCUGGAAGCAAUCCAGCUUGCAGGCCACUGGAAAUUAAACAACUUGGUCGUUAUCUAUGACAAUAACCAGGUGACCUGCGACGGCAGUGUCGACAUUUGCAACACAGAAGAUGUCAAUACCAAGAUGCGCGCCUGUGGUUGGAAUGUCCUAGAUGUUGAAGACGGCUGCUAUGACGUUGAAGGGAUUAUAGCCGCUUUUAACAAAGCUCGUUCCAGUACAGAUAAGCCAACAUUUAUCAAUGUACGAACCGUUAUUGGCGUUGGAAGCAAGGCCGCCGGAGAUGCCAAAGCACAUGGGGCAGCGUUUGGAGCAGAUGACGUGACAAACAUUAAGCGUAUCUUCGGCAUGAAUCCCGAAGAGCAUUUUGUCGUCUCUGAAGAGGUUUACAGUUAUUUUAGAGACGCUGAAAACAGAGGCAAAGCAUUGGAAGUCAACUGGCAACAGCUCUUGGAGGGCUACUCUAAGGAGUAUCCAGAAUUACAUGGUGAAUUUAAGCGCAGGGUGGAAGGAAAGUUGACGGUAGAAGAUUGGUCGCGGUUGAUACCUUCCAAAGAAGAUUUCCCAACCUCGCCAACGCCGUCAAGAAAGUCUGCCGGGCUUUGCUGCAAUCCUUUGGCCUCGCAGGUACAGAACCUCAUGGUGGGAACGGCGGAUCUGACGCCCUCGGUGAACAUGGCAUGGAAAGGAAAGAUCGACUUCCAAAAUCCUGAUUUGAAAACAACGUGUGGUAUUAACGGUGAUUACACUGGCCGUUAUAUCCACUGGGGAAUCAGGGAGCAUGCCAUGGCUUCGAUAUCAAAUGGAUUAGCGGCCUUUAACAAAGGAACAAUCCUCCCAGUAACCUCUAGCUUCUUCAUGUUUUACAUUUACGCUGCUCCCGGUGUCCGAAUGGGCGCCCUACAAGGCCUCCAGCAAAUUCACAUUGCCACUCACGAUUCCAUUGGGACAGGAGAAGAUGGGCCAACCCAUCAGCCAAUUGCGCUAGCAGCUCUCUAUCGCGCAAUGCCGAACAUUUUCUAUAUCCGCCCAUGCGAUAGUGAAGAAACAGCCGGAGCCUUUAUUACCGCGCUUCAAGCAACUUCCACUCCAAGCAUCAUCUCUUUGUCUCGUCAAAACCUAGAGCAAUACCCGCAGCACUCCUCUCGUGAUGGAGUGCAGCGAGGUGCAUACGUGUUUGUCGAAGAAGAAGAUGCCGAUGUGACCCUGAUUGGUAUCGGUGCAGAGAUGGUAUUUGCUAUGCGAACACGGCAACUUCUUCAACGGCGUUUUAACAUCAAGGCUCGUGUGGUUAGUUUCCCCUGCCAGCGUCUUUUCGAACAGCAGAGCAUUGAGUAUAAACGGGAGGUGCUCCAAUAUCGAUCAAAGGCACCAAGAGUCGUUAUUGAAGCCUAUGCUGUAAAUGGUUGGGAAAGAUAUGCGGAUGCAGGUUUCUCGAUGGCUUCUUUUGGACAUUCACUCCCUGGAGCAGCGGCAUACAAGUAUUUUGGAUUUGAUGAAGAAAUCAUCGCGCCGGAAGUGGUACAUUUAGUUGAAGACGUUCGGCGGGAAGGUAUUGAGAGCUUGAGGGGCGAGUUCAGAGACUUGAAUCCAGUGCACCAUUAA